AUUAAGCCACUCACUAUAAGCAGCAAACUCCAGAACAUAGUGAGCCCCCAAAAAUAUUUAAAACAGUAAGAACAUCAUCAUGUCUAAUGAUGAUGAUCUCCUUUGAUUGAUUCUUCUAGGAUUUUGCAAAUUUCUUGGAAUACCCUUCUUCCCUUUCACUUCUCAACUUCUCUGAUGUUACAAUGGCAGACAGGAUUUUCAUUUUCUUCCUAGUCUUGUCUUCAAUCUCUCUGCUCUUCUCUCCUCUCCUCUGUUCUUCUUCUAGUUCAUCUCUUAACCUCUCACUUGUUAGACAAGCCAAAGUCCUUGUCUCUCUAAAGCAAAGCUUUGAUUCCUAUGACCCUUCUCUUGAUUCAUGGACCGUUCCAAAUUUCAGUUACCUCUGUUCUUGGAGAGGUGUUUCUUGUGACAACUCCAAUCAGUCCAUUACUCGUCUUGACAUCUCUAAUCUCAACAUCUCCGGCACUCUCUCGCCAGAAGUCUCCCGUCUUCCGUCUCUCGUGUUUCUCUCCGUCGCUUCUAACAGUUUCUCCGGCAAGAUUCCUAAAGAGAUCCACAAGCUCUCUUGCCUAGAGGUCUUAAACAUCUCAACCAACACCUUUGAAGGAGAGCUUGCGCCACUCGACUUCGGUCAAAUGACUCAGCUGGUGACUCUUGACGCUUACAACAACGACUUCACCGGAUCACUUCCCCUGUCUCUAACCAAACUCACUCAACUCGAGUACUUAGACCUCGGAGGAAACUACUUCAACGGUGAGAUCCCUACAAGCUACGGAGGUUUCUUGCGUCUCAAGUAUCUUUCCUUAUCUGGAAAUGACCUAAGCGGGAGAAUCCCUAACGAGUUAGGCAACAUCACGACUCUUCAAAACCUAUACUUAGGUUACUACAACGACUUCCACGGCGGGAUACCAGCGGAUUUGGGGAGAUUGAUCAAUCUUGUCCACUUGGAUUUAGCUAACUGCAGCUUGAAAGGAUCAAUUCCAGCAGAGUUAGGGUUCCUCAAGAACUUGGAGAUUCUGUUUCUUCAGACCAAUGAGCUCACAGGUUCUGUUCCAAGAGAGUUAGGGAACAUGACAAGCCUCAAGACUCUAGAUCUCUCCAACAACUUUCUAGAAGGAGAGAUCCCUCUAGAGCUGUCCAGACUUCAAAAGCUUCAGUUGUUUAACCUCUUCUUCAACAGAUUACACGGCGAGAUCCCUGACUUCGUAUCUCACCUUCCCCAUCUUCAGAUUCUCAAGCUUUGGCACAAUAACUUCACCGGAAAGAUCCCUGCCAAGCUCGGAUCAAACGGGAAGUUGGUAGAGAUCGAUUUGUCUACUAAUAAACUCACAGGUUGGAUCCCCGAAUCGCUCUGUUUCGGAAGAAAGCUACAGAUUCUCAUUCUAUUCAACAACUUCUUGUUCGGUCCUCUCCCUCAAGAUCUUGGCCAAUGCGAGACGCUCUGGAGAUUCCGUCUAGGUCAGAACUUUCUCACAGGUAGACUGCCAAAGGGUUUGAUCUACUUGCCUAAUGUAUCACUUCUCGAGCUCCAAAACAACUUCUUGACCGGAGAUAUACCAGAAGAAGAAGAGGUGGGGAAUGGAGGGUUGUCAAGCCUCACUCAGAUCAAUCUUUCCAACAAUCGGUUAACCGGACCGAUCCCUGGUUCAAUCAGGAACCUCAGAAGCCUUCAGAUUCUUCUUCUUGGCGGGAACCGGUUCACGGGGCAGAUCCCUGGUGAGAUUGGAAGUUUGAAGAGUCUUCUAACGAUUGACAUGAGCAGGAAUGACUUGUCAGGCAAGUUACCUCCAGAGUUUGGUGAUUGUCAGUCAUUGACCUCCUUGGAUUUGAGUCAAAACAAGAUCUCAGGUCAGAUUCCUGUUCAGAUAUCGAAGAUUCGGAUGCUAAACUAUCUGAAUGUUUCUUGGAACUCAUUAAACCAGAGCCUCCCGGUUGAACUCGGAUACAUGAAGAGCUUAACAUCAGCAGAUUUCUCACACAACAACUUCUCCGGUUCAGUACCAACUCUAGGGCAAUUCGUUUACUUGAACAACACGUCAUUCCUCGGAAACCCUUUUCUCUGCGGAUUCUCAUCCAAACCUUGCAACGGUUCCCAAAACCAAUCACGAUCUCAGCUUCUUAACCAGAAAAACGCUAAUUCCAAUGGCGAAAUCUCUGCGAAGUUCAAACUGUUAUUCGGGUUAGGCCUUCUAGGGUUCUUCUUGGUGUUUUCCGUUUUAGCUGUGGUCAAGAAUAGGAGAAUGAGAAGGAGUACCUCGAAUCUAUGGAAGCUAAUAGGGUUUCAGAAGCUCGGAUUCAGAAGCGAACACAUUGUCGAAUGCGUUAAAGAGAACAAUGUGAUCGGUAAAGGCGGAGCAGGGGUUGUCUACAAAGGCUUAAUGCCAAACGGAGAAGAAGUUGCGGUCAAGAAACUCUUAACCAUAAGGAAAGGAUCAUCUCACGACAACGGUUUAUCCGCAGAGAUUCAGACAUUAGGUAGAAUCAGACACAGAAACAUCGUGAGAUUACUCGCGUUUUGUUCAAACAAAGACGUUAAUCUCCUUGUCUACGAGUAUAUGCCUAACGGUAGUCUCGGAGAAGCCUUGCACGGGAAAGCCGGAGUGUUUUUGAAAUGGGAAACGCGGUUGCAGAUAGCGUUGGAAGCGGCCAAGGGUUUGUGUUAUCUUCAUCAUGAUUGUUCGCCGCUUAUAAUCCACCGUGAUGUGAAGUCAAACAAUAUAUUGUUGGGUCCUGACUUUGAAGCUCAUGUGGCUGAUUUUGGGCUUGCUAAGUUUAUGAUGCAAGACGAUGGAGCUUCUCAGUGUAUGUCAUCGGUCGCUGGCUCGUAUGGAUACAUCGCUCCAGAAUAUGCAUAUACACUGAGAAUAGACGAGAAGAGCGAUGUGUACAGUUUUGGAGUAGUUCUGUUGGAGCUAAUAACGGGUCGAAAACCAGUAGAUAAAUUUGGAGAAGAAGGGAUAGACAUUGUGCAAUGGUCAAAGAUUCAGACAAAUUGUAACAGGCAAGGUGUGGUAAAGAUCAUUGACCAGAGAUUGAGCAAUGUGCCACUGGGAGAAGCCAUGGAGCUAUUCUUUGUGGCAAUGCUAUGUGUUCAAGAACAUAGUGUUGAGAGACCGACCAUGAGAGAAGUUGUCCAGAUGAUUUCUCAAGCUAAACACCCCAGUACUAAUUUCUAAAUCCAGUAUGAGUUAAUAUAUAUAAGUAAAAUAGUUUUUUUGUUAUGGUGUAUGUGUAAUGUGGUUAUAGAGUUUUUUGGAAAUGUAAUGAAGAUUUAGUGGUGAUAUGAGUUUAUAUAAAGGUUGAGAAGGAGGGGAAGGGCUUAGAAUUA